GAGAGCUCGGAAAUGGCGUGCGGCCGCGAGUGCGGCGUCCAUGCGCCGCAACGGCCGCUGGCAGGCGGCAGCACGCUUCGCAGCCGUUGCGUCGCUGCGAGCCGUUGCGGCAGCGAAGGCACAGGCCGCCGGCCGCCGGUCGACGCUGAGGCCGCUCAGCUGCGCUCCCCAUACCGUCGACGCCGACUCUUCUCGGCGCGCGCGGGAAGGCACAGGGACCGUUGCGCUAGGGAGGCACGGGCGAUGCCUAUUCGCCGAGAAGCUUUCGUGGUCUGCUCGGCGCUGCGCAGGCGGCGCUCGAGACACUGGCCCACUCGUCUGGGCCAGCCUGUGCCUUUGUGCUUGUUCCCAUGAAGGAGGCUCGUUCGCAGAGUGGCAGCGUCGAUCAGUGUCCUCGACGCCAGGGACGACGCGCAAAGAGGGCGCUCGAGCCGCGUUCCAGCUCAGAUCUUACAGCUCAUGAGCACGCAAAGCCGAGGCGAGGUGCACCUGGAUUUGCACUGGACGACACAAUCCAGCACCGACGUGCUGCACCGCUAUCACUCGGGAACACGAGGGUCGCGCCGGAGGCUCAACGCAGCGUCAGGAUCAAGAAUCGGAUCCUCGCAACCGCCGCGCGUCGUCGAGGCAGAGCUUGGUUCGCGCCCGUCGUCUUGGCGCAUGCACUUCACCCGAGCGUGCACUCAGUGAUUCCUGGAGGCGGAUGGGCUCAAAAUCAGCCUGCUCUCUAUCU